AUGGAUCUCCUGGAACUCGCUCCGGUGGUUGACGGUGAUUUCAUUGCUGAUGAUCCCAGUUGGCUGUUCCACAACGCCGGUCAGCUCGACUACAUGGCCGGAGUCAACAGCAUGGACGGACACAUCUUCGCAGGAGUCGACGUUCCUUCCAUCAACAAGAGAAAUGUGCAGAAACAUGGCGAGGACACAGGUGUGCUCAGAUGGGCUAGCCUGUUUCCAGAUGUGCUAACAGCAGGUGUGUGUGUCCUCAGUGAGCAGGUGAAGGGUUUUCUGACUCGUUUGACCAAUGAAAAGGGAACCACUGCCGUGGAUUCGGCCUUCAACGUUUACUCUGCUCACUGGGGUUCAUAUCCCGAUCCAGCUGUGGUGAAGAAGACGGUAGCCGACAUCGAGACGGACUUCUUGUUCCUGGUUCCGACCCAGAUCGCCCUGCAGCUGCAUGCCAACAACACCAGCGGAGCCCGGACCUUCUCCUACCUGUUCAACAUGAAGACCAGGAUCCCUGGGUUCCCCAGUUGGGUGGAGGCCGAACAUGCCGAGGACCUGCAGUACCUGUUCGGUAAACCCUUCUCCACCCCGCUGGUCUACUUCCCCCGCCACCGAGACCUGGCCGGCUACAUGAUGGCCUACUGGACCAACUUCGCCAGGACCGGGAACCCUAACUCUGGUGAAAGCAAAGUUCCAGUUCCGUGGCCUGAAUUCACCAAAUACCACCGACCGUAUCUGACCAUCAACAGCAAGAUGGCCAUGUCCUCCGUCAGGUACUGGGUUCUACUGAGGUUCUAUUGUGGUUCUAAUGAGGUUCGACUGUAAUCUACUGUGAUCUACUGGGUUCCAUUGUGAUUCUACUGAGGUUCUAUUAUACUAUAUACUAAAUGUUCCUAUUCUGGUGGUCUUGCUGUUGUUCUAUAGUGUUCCACUGUGGUUCCAUUGUGGUUCUACUGUGUUCUGCUGCCCUCUACUGUGUUCUGUUGUCCUGCUAUAGUGUUCUACUGCAUAUU